AUGUUACUCAGUGAAGUGACAGUAAGACGUCCCACUCUGUGCCGGAUCAUGUGGAUUAUUGUGGCGCUGGUCCUGGUGGCGGCGGGUCCCGGGGGGAGCUGGGGGUGUCAGCUGCCCCACGACUGGAGACCGCAGACCGAAGCGUGCCGGGCCGAGCUGGCGGAGAUCAUCGUCUUUGCCAAGGUGCUGGCUCUGCACAAGGAGUCGUACAGUAUGUACAACUACCUGCCGUGGCAGCACGACACAGACCUGCUCUUCUCCGCAGAGAUCGAGCUGCUGUGCGACCAGUCGUGGGGCAGUAUGCUGGAGGUGCCUGCCGGCUCCAGGUUCAAUGUCACCGGCCUGGGAUACUUCCCCUGCUUCUCCUACAGUGUCACCAAAGACAACAACUACUACUUCUUCCUCAGGAUGGAUGAGAACUACAACAUUGUCCCUCAUGGAGUGAACUUCCAGGACCCCAUCUUCCCUGACACUCCAGACAACCAUCGCAUGUUUGCAAGCCUCUUCCAGUUUUCCAAUUGCACUCCCGGCACUCAGGUCCACACCUUCACCCCAGAGUGGGAGGCUCAGGAGGACAGCAGGUUGCUGUGCUCCGCGGUGCAGAAAGCUCUGUUCGAGGAGGAAGAGAGGGUGAGGACUCUCUCCCAGAAGGUGCGCACCUUGGAGAAAGCCAAUGGCCAUCUGCGCGAAAAGGUGAAGACCAUGAAGCGUCUGCUGCGCCAGGCCCAACGAGAAACCACAAAGGAGCAGCAGACCCUUAACCUCAAACAGCUUUACGAGCCGAAGUCGCCCCACCCAGAUCAGGACACUACCCAGGACCAGAAGAACCCUCCCCCCAAAAAGGCCCUCUCCAAGAAGCUGAAAAACUAG